AGGGUACUCAGAAACGUAGGUAAUUCGAGGUAGGAAAAAAACAUAUUAACACAACAUGGGGUUCCAACAUUUGACUAGGUGCAUUUUGUUGGCACUAUGCAUUCUAAGCCAAGGUUUGGCAAAGGGUGCUCAUGGCUUUGCAUGCAACUGGGGAACGCGUUUAACGCAUCCCCUUCCACCUGAAAUAACUGUGAAAAUGAUGAAGGACAAUGGGUUCAAGCAAGUGAAGCUCUUUGAGGCUGAUCCUGAUGCACUCAAGGCUCUAGGAAAGUCUGGCAUUCAGGUCAUGGUUGGCAUACCAAAUGACCUCUUGGCAACCCUUGCUACCAAUGUCAAUGCUGCCAUUGCAUGGGUCAACCAAAACGUCUCCACUUACAUAUCCAAAAAUGGGGUUGAUAUAAGGUAUGUUGCUGUGGGCAAUGAGGCAUUUCUGAAAACAUACAAUGGUAGGUUUGUGAAUUCAACUUUUCCAGCCAUCCAAAACAUCCAAGCAGCCCUGAUAAAAGCAGGCUUAGGGAGGCAAGUGAAGGUGACAACACCUCUAAAUGCUGAUGUGUACCAAAGUGACAGUGGCCUUCCAUCAGGUGGAAACUUCAGGCCAGACAUACAAGACCAAAUGAUCUCCAUAAUCAAGUUCCUGAGCCAAAACGGUGGCCCUCUAACCUUCAACAUUUACCCUUUCCUCAGCCUUGAUGCUGACCCUCACUUCCCCAAAGAGUUUGCCUUCUUUGAUGGCUCAGCUGCCCCUGUGGUUGAUGGCUCCAUUACCUACACCAAUGUCUUUGAUGCCAACUACGACACCCUCAUCAGUGCCCUUGAGAAGAAUGGCUUUGGCCAAAUGCCUGUCAUCAUUGGAGAGGUUGGUUGGCCUACUGAUGGAACUGCCAAUGCCAACAUCAAGAAUGCCCAAAGGUUCAACCAAGGCCUCAUUGACAGAAUUGUCAAAAGACAAGGAAGCCCCAAGAGACCUUCCCCUCCUGAUAUCUACCUCUUUGGCUUCAUUGAUGAGGAUGCCAAGAGCAUUGAGCCUGGCCCUUUUGAGAGGCACUGGGGGGUCUUCAACUUUGAUGGAUCCAUCAAGUACCCUUUGAAUUUGGGUGGAGGGAAACAACUUGUUGGUGCAAAGGGUGUCAAGUAUUUGCCAAAGCAAUGGUGUGUCAUGUCAACUCAAGCCAAUGUUCAAGACCCUAAUGCUCUGGCAGAUAGCAUGAGCAAAGCAUGCACAUAUGCUGAUUGUACUUGUCUCUCUCCUGGGGCUUCAUGCAGUGGAUUGGACACAAGAGGCAAUGCUUCUUAUGCAUUCAACAUGUACUAUCAAACAAUGAAUCAACGCAAAGAUGCGUGCCAAUUCAAUGGCCUCUCUGUCAUCACUAACAUAAACCCUUCACCACCUCAAAGCGCUUGUCAGUUUAAGAUCAUGAUCGAUCUGGGGAAGCAUGAAAGGAAGUCCACUCCUGCUUCUGCUGCACCAGAAAGGAGCAUACACUUGAUGGUCAUGCUCGUGUCAAGCUUCAUUUUCACUCUCAUUUUAUCGCUUUAUGCUUAGUUUUUUUUUUUUUUUUUCAAUUGUGUUAUGCAGAGUUU